AUGAUGGAUAAACAGUCAUCAAAUACUUCACCGACGCAAGCAAAAUUAAUAAAGCAAAGCCAACAAACAACUAGUGCACUUUCAAAUGCUGAUGAUGUGAUUGAAGAACGAAUUGAAUUGGAAAAUUUACUCAAUACUGAUGAUUUAGAAGAAUUACGAGAACAUGGUUUCCUUGAAGAUAAUGUUCUUAAUAAACAACAGUUUAUCAGUUUCUUACAGAAUACAUUGAAGAGAGGAACUGAAAAAGACUAUGAAGAACUUUUUGAGUGUAUUGACGUAACAAAAGAGGGUGUCGUAUCAUGGGAUAAACUAGCCACUUAUCUUAUGCUUAAAUUAUAUGAUAAUGACGACAGAGAAAAAGCAUCAUCUGUUCCAAAUUGGAAAGGUUUAAAAUCAGUUAUGAAUGCACAUCGUGAUUCUAUUAAAAGAAUUCAACAUAUGGAUCAUUAUAACCGGUAUUUAUCUAUCAGUAAAGAAGGAAGUGUAUGUAUUUACGAUGAAGAAAUGCAACUGUAUAAAACCUUUAAGACAAGUACAGAAGCAUGUAAAGCCAGAGAUUUAUGGAUAACUUAUUUUGUUUUAAUGCCCAAUUUAAAUAAAAUUGCCGUAGCUUAUACAUCAAAAGAGAUAAUUAUCUACGAGGUUACAUCAAAACUUGAAUUUGGUUUAGUUUAUCGUAUUGUUGAUUUGAAAGCAACACCGUUCUGUUUAGACUACUGGUCAGAUGAAGAAAAUUUAAAUGAUGCUAUUCUCAGCUGGGGUGAUGUCAAGGGUUCUGUUCACGCAAUAUUAUUCAACUCUGCUCAAAUUGCUCUAUUUGAACGACCAGCUCAACCAUCAUCGAAUGAAACACUGCAAUAUAUCGAACAUCUAGAAUGUUUUAUAAGUUGUUCCACAAAUCCAAAAACUGCACUUGUUGUCGGUUGGCUGGAGCGAGCUGGUUCAACAAUUAAAAUAACGGAUUUUGGACGUGAAAGAAGCAAUUAUUCUGUUCGCAUACGUCAGUUACGCGAGAAGCGUACAGUUGAAAUUAGUCAAGGACUCAAUUCAUUUGAUUAUACAAGAAAUUUUAAUCUUAUCGCGAGCCGUGGACAAUUAUUGAGCUUUUCGAAAGAUAAAAUUUUAAGAAUAUGGGAUGUUCAAUUACAAAUUUGUUUACAACGAUUAUCAAACACGUUUCCGCGUGGACCGGAAGGUAAAAUUUUAAACAAACUAAUGAUAUCCAUUUCUUCCUA